AUGGCGCGCACAACCGACUUCUCGGACCUCAAUUUUCAAUGCUUGCUGUUGAUAUUCAAGUUGCUGCACAAUUUAGAGGACCAGGUCAAUUUGGCACUUUGCUGUCGCCGAUUUCGCGAUGCAUUCGCUUACCUGCAUCGCAAGCGAUUUGAAGAAAUAGUUGACAGCGACAUUAAGCUACGAAAUUUGGACAAUUGGCGCGCCUUUUUAUGGAUGUGCGGUUCCAAUGUCAAAAGGUUAACCUGCUACCGUGACGACGACCAUCCGCUGCAGGUGCUGCCCCUUGUCUCCAGAUUUUGCAUCCGCUUGGAGAGCAUCACGCUGCGCAACGCGACAGUGUCCAAGGCGCAGCCCUUUCUGCUACAACUGACCACGCUAAGGAAGGUGUAUGUGCGUAAUUACAAAUGCACCAGUACAGAUCUGAUCAAAUGCAUGAAGCUGCGCUUGCCCAACAUACAAUAUCUGGGCUUGGAAUGUUUCGAACGGCGGGAAUUACAAGAGCUGCGACACUUUACCAACUUACAGGAACUGCAAAUGUACGACGAGGUGACGGCUUCUGACUUCAUUGCUAUUACUAAAUCCCUAAGGAGCCUGCGCAUACUGCAGCUGCGCAAUGCCAAGAAAUUUCUGACCACGAACACGCUAAAGCAAUUGGCUAUCAAUUGUCGCCAGAUAGAGAAGCUCUGCUUUCAGGACAGCGACGCAGACCUUACAGCCUUGUCGAUGUUUCCAAACUUGCGAUAUCUUCAUGUUUAUUGUCCAGAUAAUCAGAAAACUCGUUUGUUCAAAACUUUAAGUAGCCAGUGCGCUUCGAAUUUGGAAUUUCUAAUACUGCAUCGCAAGCAAUGGAUCGACGAGGAACAGGCGGAACGCAUUGGCGCCAUCAAAACCCUGAAAUGGCUUGUGUGCAAGCCACGCAACGAUCGCUGCGUCUAUCAUCUAGCGAAUCUGACUCAGCUGGAGUGUCUCUCACUGCAAUGUGCCCGAGACAUUGGCGAAUCGGAGCUCCUUAAACUAAUUCGUAAUAAUGAACAGCUGCGCUAUCUGAACAUCUGCUAUUGCCUGGGCAUAACUGAUGCCUUCAUUGUGGACUUGCUCGACAUAUUAGCCAAGCGACGUACUCAUCAACCGUUGAUAAUGUACGCGGCGGCCACCGAUAUCAGGCACGAUAUAAUAGACAGACUACCAGCCGACUUUGCCUCCCAGUUGCUGAUCCUACACUUUGAGUGCAGCCAAGGCAUGCAUUCCACUGAACAUUUUUAUAAUGAUGAGCCCGAAUUCGAUCGGUAAGCAGUGGAAGUUCGAGGACUCAAAAAAGUUUAUACACAUCAUUAUGCAUAUUCGCAUAAGGGCAUACAAUAUGCUGUUUGUAUACCAAAUUAUAUACUCAGAUUUUUAUAAGAGUAUUUAAAAUAUUUUCCAUUCUGUUAUAUUACACUAAGUGCUAGUAUUUUAUUCUAAAUAUUGAGGCUUACUUUUUAAAUAUAUUGAAUACAUUUUGUAAUCGUCUUAAUCAAAAGAA